AUGACCUCUUCCUCGGCCAUAGACAACGCAACAAUCAUAGGUGCGCAUGACAAGCUCUACGACAGCAACGACCUACCAGAGCUGGGGCAGCAAGAGUCACUGCUGCUGCAGCAACCCAUAGCUACUACUGCAGUAACAGCAACAGCAGCAGAAGGUGCUGAUAUCGAGCUGUAUCCAGAGCAGCAACGAAGACAGCCUUCACGUCUCGCUCAAAUAGCGCAACAGCUCACCAAGCGAAAGAUAAAAGCAUUCAUAUAUCAUUGGCGGUGGUACUUGCUGGCUGGUGUCUUUAUUGUAACAUCAUCCAUCUUUAUGUAUACUCAUCGACGUCAGUUCUUUCAAGCAUUGGAGACAUUGAGCGACAAGCUAGCGAGCAUGGGCUACAGCGGCUACAUCCUCAUGUCCGUGCUGAUCUUUUCAAGUGCAUUUCCUCCCAUCCUCGGUUACGGCACCUAUCAAACUUUGUCUGGUUUUACGUUUGGAUUUUCAGUUGGAUUUCCUAUUUCUUAUUUCAGUGCAUUGACUGGAGCCGUUGUCUGCUUCCAGUUAUCUCGCAGCUUUCUCAAGGCUCGUGUGGUGCGUACAUUGUCUAAAUACCCCAACCUAGAGGCUGUCGUCAAUACUGUUGAAAAGAAGGGGUUCAAGCUGUUCUUGCUGAUCCGAUUCUCGCCCUAUCCUUUCAACCUGCUGAAUGUGUUCUUUGCUGCCACCAACAUCUCUCUGUUUCAAUUUGCUGCAGGAACAGCCAUUUCGCUACUCAAAAUUGCACUACACGUCUACAUUGGUGCCAAUCUGACCUCUUUUGCUAAGCAUGUACUGGGCGAGGAUGACGAUCUGUCCGAGUCAGAACAGAGAGUCAUGAAGAUUCGGUUUGCUGCUGCUGUCUUAUUCUCUCUGCUUGCUCUUGUGGUGAUGGCUUACUUGUAUCGAGUGGCAAAAGCGGCUGUUGCUGAAACUGCAAGCGCUGAUGAAGAGCAAAUGUCGUUUUUGAAUCACCAUGACGAGGAAGAAGGCUUUUUGGAUACUGUGGAUGACGAUGAUGAGGAGAGUGUGCAUGAACCUCCUGCUCCAUUGAACAGUAACCACGCCGUAGAGGAACCAAGAGACAGCGUGUCAUUGGAUGCUUGGGAUGCUUGGGGAGAUGAAUCGGAUAAUGACAACAAUGGUAAUGAUCAGCCUGUUGUUCAGCCCAAGAAGAAAGCGCUUGCUGGCAAAGAUGAUUAG